UCAUUGCCUCACAAUAAUGCUUUGACUCUAUCUCUUCUAUCCUUCAUUCAUUCAUUCAUUUCUCUCUCCUUUCUUAAUCAUCUCUCCUUUCUUCCAAUCUUAUCUAAUUUUAUCUAACCCUUACAAUCAUCAACAUCUUCCAAAUCCAUCAACAAAUUUUACAAGUUCAUGAACAUUAAACGGAAAAGUCAAUUCUUCAACAUAGAACAUCACAAAAGAGAGACUAUGAGAAGAAAAGAAAGUAGGAAAGGAAGCACAAAGAAAUGCUUUCAAAAUGAAAACUACAACAUCAAAAUAUGAUUCUGUUUCUCUCUCCAAGACUUUUCAUCCUUAUACACUUCAUCUUCUACUUCCUAUAGCCCUUUUACCAAUUGUUCUUCUUUGUUUAUACUUGUACCCUCUUUACCUUACAAAAUCUCAAGCAAAGGAGCAUCACUAUGCCAAUGUUUCUCCUCCUCCUCCAUCUCAUUCAGUAAAUGAUAUACACAAAGUUGAUGAUCCUUCAUGUGACUACUUCAAUGGAAAAUGGAUCCAUGACAAAACAGGCCCUUUAUACAAUGGAACAACGUGUGUCACAAUCAAAGAAAGCCAUAACUGUAUCACCCAUGGAAGACCAGACUCAAACUACCUUUACUAUAGAUGGAAACCAACUCAAUGCAAUCUUCCAAGGUUUGAACCAAACACUUUUCUCCAACUUAGUAAAAACAAACACAUAUCUUUUGUUGGUGAUUCUAUAGCUAGGAACCAAUUUGAUUCCCUCCUUUGCAUGCUAUCGUCUCUUUCGAAACCUAGACCGGUUCAUCAUAAAGGCUCACGUUGGUGGCAUUUUGAGUCUCAUAAUGCGACUCUUUCGGUAUAUUGGUCACCUUUUCUUGUACAAGGCAACGAAAGAUCGAAAUUAGGGUCGAGUUUGAACACGAUUCAUUUGGACCGUGUUAACGGGAAAUGGGAGAAGGAUAUGGAUGGAAUGGACUUGAUUUUGUUAUCGUUUGGGAAUUGGUUUAAUGUUCCUUCGGUUUAUUAUGAGAAUGGUUCGGUUUUAGGAUGCUUAAAUUGUUCGGGUUAUGGUCUUAAUCACACCGAGGUUGGAUUUUAUGUUCCAUUAAGAAAGGCUUUAAGGGCAAGCUUGAAUAGGAUAAUUGAGAGGAGAGUUGGUAAAAAGAAUGAAAUUGGUGUGAUUGUGAGAACUUUUUCACCUUCUCAUUUUGAUGGUGAUUGGGAUAAAGCUGGUACAUGUUCAAAGAAAGAACCUUAUGAGAAUGGAGAGAAGGAAAUUGGAGAAAUGGAAAGUGAGAUUAGAAGGAUUGAGAUAGAAGAAGUGGAAAAUGCUAAGGUGAAAGCCAAAGAAUUUGAAGGGGUGAGGUUUGAGGUAUUGGAUGUAACGGAAUUGGCAUCGUUGCGACCCGAUGGUCAUCCAGGUGCUUAUAUGAAUCCUUUUCCAUUUGAAAAUGGUGUUCCGGAGCGUGUGCAGAAUGAUUGUGUUCAUUGGUGUUUGCCGGGGGCUAUAGAUACAUGGAAUGAGAUUUUGUUAGAGAUGAUGAGGAAGUGGGAUUUGGAGGGACAAGAAUGGAGUGAAUUGUGAGAUAAUGUUCUUAUCUUGUUAAUAUAAUGUUUCCAUAGAAAGAUUGUGUGUAUUUUUGUUUUUCUAUGAUCUUCUUCAUCCAUAUUUGGGAGUGGUUUUUGUUAAUAGUUGCUAGAGAAGGAAAGUGUUUGGAACCAAUAUGUAGAAAUUAAAUUUCAAUGUACAACAUUCUUGUAA